CUUCAUCUCCCUGUUUCCUCGCUUUGUUGAUUUUUCAUGGAUUUCAUCCAAUUUGGUCCCUAGAACAAGCAAAUCUCUCACAGAUUAUCUUUUGGAUCUCACUUCCCAGUUUCACAUCACUAGAAAGAUCGUCCUGAAACAAGACUAGGGCUUGGGAGUUCGAUUGACGGUGGAAUUGGGGUGAUCCCAUCCUUUGUUUCUUCCUGAUUGAGUGUGUGUUUCAGAAAUCCUCAAUUUGGAGGAUUAAUUGGGAGUAGUUGUUGGAGGGGUCAUUGGAUUAUGGGCAGCAGUGAGGCUGAUGCAUCUGCCAAGGCUCCAAAGACAUCCACAGCUCAGGAACAAACUCCUGCCACUAGCUCCACCCCUGCUGUGACUGUUUACCCAGACUGGUCGACCUUUCAGGCAUAUUCACCGAUUCCACCACAUGGUUUCUUCCAUUCUCCGGUGGGAUCGAGUCCCCAGCCUCAUCCUUACAUGUGGGGACCUCAGGACAGGCAGGUUCUCAAUGCAUCUAUUGUUGUUUGGACAUUUUAAAAGCAGAAAUCAGUGAAACAUUGAGAAAAAAUUAUAGUAGAAAACUUUUCUUUUUAGUCCAUUUUAAUAGCAGUUAUGAUGGUAGUCAUUUGAAUACAUUGUUAUGUUAACAUCACGUGAACUAGAUGGUCAUAAAGUCUGUGAAAUUGUUUUAGUGUCUUGUCAACAGGUAAAUUAUACACUAAGCACUGCUAAAUAUUCAUCACAUAUUAUUUUGAAAAUUGCA